UCAUAAUUUAUAAUUAAAUUAAACGUUAAUUAUUAAACAUUUUAAAUCGAAUCUAUUUAAUUAAAAUCAAUUAUUUAUAUAAUCGCAUUUAUAUAUAAAAUUAAAUACAUUAUUUGAGGUUAAAAUACCGAAAACCGCAUUUAUUAAUGGAGUCUUAAAAACAAUAUUUAAAAAUAUAAAUAUUGAAUAACUUAACACACAUUUUUAAAUUUACAAUGGAUUCGUAUCGAGGUAAUCGUAGACAUAAUCGAGGUGGUAACAAUCGUGGAUUCAGGAAUCGAAAUCAUUAUGGAGGAAGGCCAAAAGGAGGUGGUGAUGAUGGUAAUUUUAAACGAUUUCGUAAUGACAAUUAUCGUAAUAAAAAGUUCCAUAGAGAUAAAUCGAAUGAUAAUUCUGGUUCAACGUUUCCCACUUUCAAUGCUGAAGUGUUAUGUGAAAGUGAAAUUGGUGUUACAGAGUAUAUAAGUGAUCAUGAAGGUUUCAGUGGUAUCAUCAAAGCACGUUACUGUGAUUUUCAUGUGAAUGAAAUCGAUCAAGAUGGGGUUGUUGUCAAAUUGACUAGUAAAGCGGUACCAAAAGAUCCUGUUAAAGUUAUCGAUGAAGACGAUGAGGAUCUAUUACAUCGAUACUGUUACGAACAUUUACCAAUUGAAACAUGGGAUAAAAUCCAUGCAUUGGUACAAAAACCUGGACCCACAAAAGAGACAAUUGAUAUCGAUGUUAGUACAAAAACAAAAGAGGAACGAACGAAAAUUCAUGAAUCUGUGAAAUUAGUUUUUGGCGCAAAAAUUGUUGGUUCGACAGUUGUUCGAGAUGGUGUUAAAUAUGUUUCGUUUAUGAAAUAUGAUAAAAAUGCACGUAUUGACCGUCGAGAACAAUGGCCAAAAGAACGUGGAGGUGACUUUGUACAUUUCUUAGUAUAUAAAGAACAUUAUGAUACUUUAGAGGCAGCAAUGCGUAUUGCCGAAGCACUACGAGUAAAACCAUCAAUGUUAAGUUAUGCGGGUACAAAGGAUCGUCGUGGAAUUACAACACAAUGGUUCUGUGUGAAACGAAUUGAUCCGUCUGUGUUAUCCGAAAAAUGUAAAAAAUUAUCGAAUAUACAUCUUGGAAAUUAUUGUUAUAAAAAGCAUGUACUUAAAUUAGGACAUUUAAAAGGCAAUCGGUUUCGUAUUGCUCUUAGAAACGUAACUGCAUCAGACGAAGUAAUAACUAAAGCUGUAGAUGCACUAAAAACUAAAGGCUUCCUAAAUUAUUACGGGUUACAAAGAUUUGGAAAUAGUGCAGAAGUACCAACGUACGAAAUCGGGAAACAAUUGUUGAAGGGAAAUUGGAAAGAGGCAUGUAAUUUAAUUUUAAAACCACGCAAAUUCGAAACGGAUCGUUAUGUAGGCCAUGCAAAGAAAAUCUACGAAACAUCUGGAGAUACAAAAAAAGCAUUAUCUGUAUUUGGUCCAAAUCGUGAUCGAACAAUUGAAGGAAAAUUGUUACAAGGUUUACAAAAACACCAUGAAAAUGAUCUUGUCAAUGCUUUGGAAUUUGUACCGAGAAAUAUGCGAUUAUUGUAUAUACAUGCGUAUCAGAGUUUUGUUUGGAAUAAGAUAUUGUCACGGCGUAUUAAAGAAUUUGGAAUGAAACCAAUUGUUGGUGAUUUAGUUUUGUUGGAUCCAGAUUUAAACGAAAGUGAAAUACAAAAUGAAGACGAAGAUAAAUUAGACACUGAUGAAAAAUCUGAAAGCGAACAACUAAAAGAUUCAUCAGAAUCUGAAACAAAAGCAACAACUGAAUCUGAAGACGGUGAAGGCAAUAAAGAGGAAAAGAAAGCAGUUGAAGGUGAGGCAAAAAAACAUGCAAUCGACGAUCGACGUGACCCCAAAGCUAAUGUAAAAAUUUUAACGGAACAAGAUUUGCCAAAUUACACAAUCUACGAUAUUGUAUUACCAAUGCCCGGUUUUGGAGUACAAUAUCCACAUAAUGUGAUACGAGAUUGGUAUCGAGAAUUAUUAGAAUCAGAUGGACUUGAACUAGAAAUGACGAAAAUUAAAGUUCGAACGUAUUGUGUUAGUGGGACCUAUCGAAAAUGUGUUGAACGUGCUGAAAACUUGAAAUGGGAAGUAAUGCUAUAUCGUGAUCCAUUGAAACCUGUGAUUUUAUCGGAUUAUGAGGAAAUGAAUCAAAAACCUCAACCUACAAGUAUCGAAGGAGCUCCAUUCAAAGCGUUAAUAUUAGACUUUUGUCUGCCGUCUGCAUCAUACGCUACAAUGGCGCUACGUGAAAUUUUAAAAACAGACACAUCAAGUGCAGCUCAUGCGAAAUUAAAUGAUUAUUAUGGAAAAAAUAAGCGAAAAAAUUCCACUGAAGAAAAUACUGAAAGUGUAGAAAAUAAGAAACCCAAAGCUUCUAAUGAAAAAACGGAUGAUGAAAUUAAAGAACAUGAAAAAGAUGUAACGGCUAAACAAGAUGUGUCAGAUAUUAAAUCAGAAGAAAAUGGAAAAAGUACAGAGGAUGAAAGCAAUUCAAAUAAACGAAAACUUGAACAAGAUGAAAAUGACGUGAUAAAAAAUAAAAAUGAAGAUGAAAUCAACGAGAAAAAAAUUAAAACUGAAGAUGAAAACGACGUGAAAAAAAUUAAAAAUGAAGAUGAAAAUCUCAAUUAAUUGCAAUCUUUUGUUUAAGUGUAAUUUUUAAUAAAU